UGACUCCGUAUUUCUAUUUUUAUGAUGUACCAGUAAUAAAUGGACAGCUAUGCGUUGGGCGAGCACACUCUCAAGUCUCAACGUCCCAAGCCUCAAAGUCUAAUUCCCAGUAUUCACUAUUCAAGAGAGCAAACGUUAGAGAGAGGAGCAGAUAGGGAAAAAGAAAAGAAAAGGCAAAGUCUUUUCAUUGACUUUUCUCGGUGUAUCUAUUGGGAAAUGAGUUCGGAUCAGAAAGUGCAUAGCUUUGAGGAGGUCUCCAAGCACAACCAGACCAAAGAUUGCUGGCUUAUUAUCCAUGGGAAGGUUUAUGAUGUCACUCCAUUCAUGGAAGAUCAUCCAGGAGGCGAUGAGGUUUUGCUUUCAGCAACUGGGAAGGAUGGAACCAAUGAUUUCGAGGAUGUCGGGCACAGCGAUGAAGCAAGAAAGAUAAUGGAGGAAUAUUGCAUUGGGGUGAUAGACCAGUCCACGGUUCCAAAGAAGCGUGAUUACACAGGGCUACAUCCACAAGCUCCGGAAAGCUCCGACAGGUCUCCGGAUUUCGUGGUGAAGAUUUUGCAGUUCCUCGUACCCCUUUUGAUAUUGGGAUUGGCUUUUGUAGUCCGAAACUACACCAAGGAGAAGUAAGCUAGUAGUACUCCAUACUCCUUAGUAAUGACUUUGAACCUGGUACUGUACGCUUGCCAUGUUCAUUCAUGGCUCAUGGCCAGUAUUGAUAAUAAAUUAUGAGGUGUUGAAAAGGGGAGGAUUUGCUUCCAUGUUUUGUUUCCUUGUUAGACUCUAUUCUAGUUAUGCGUUUGUUGGCCGUGCUGUGCCUGCAAAAAUGACGUUUGAUUGUGUUCCCUUGUUUGCUAUACAAUGGAUCCCUUCUGUUAUUUUUCUUAUUUUCUUUGAGAAGAAAAAAAUGUCAACAAAGCUCAU